GGAAUGGCAGCCCCAAACACAACAUGACAACUCAUCUACUCACUCAUGAAAGAUUAAAAAAUGGAAACCAACGUAUUUCAUCUUAUGCUCUGCGUCACUUCUGCUCGGACUCAUAAAUCCAUGUCUCUUUGCUUUGGCCACUUCAAUUCAUAUCCAAGCCUUUCUUUAAUUCAUGAUUUAUUGCUGGAAAUAUCCUUUCAACUCUCAGCACCUCAUGAAGAUGCGCGCUUAACUCCGGAGGAGCUAGAAAGACCUUCCCUUCUACAGAUACUGCCAGAGAUGCUGGGUGCAGAAAGAAGGGGUGUUCUCAGGAACGCAGACUCAAGUACCAACAUUUUUAACCCAAGAGGAAAUUUGAGAAAGUUUCAGGAUUUCUCUGGACAAGAUCCCAACAUUUUACUGAGUCAUCUUUUGGCCAGAACCUGGAAACCAUACAAGAAACGUGAGACUCCUGAUUGCUUCUGGAAAUACUGUGUCUGAAGUGAAAUGAGCAUCUGUUAGCUCAGAAACACCCACCUUAGAACAUGAAAAAUAACACAAUGCCUGAUUUGAAAACAGCGUGGAGAAAAACUAGGCAAACUACACCCUGUUCAUUAUUACCUGGAAAAUAAGUCUUCUACGUUUUGCACA